ACCCUCACAGUGUCGAUUGAUCUCUGCAACACUCUCUCUCUCUUCUCUCUCUCUCUCUCUCUCUGUUACUCUCUCUCAGUCUCAGACUAUAUAUAUGUACACAAAUAUAUACAUAUCUGUGUGUAUGUAUAAGAAGAGGUUUGGAUUGGCAAUGUGAUGGAAGAAGGAGGCGUGAAAAUCAUCGCACUUGCCGACCUCCUCCGCCGCUCUCGUCCCGUCACCGCCGCAUCAUCUCUCACUCCCAGCCGUUCGAUUUCCCCAUCUUCAAAACCACAGCCGUCCGACAGAAAUCAGACCUCCACUCCUCCCACCCAAAACCCUAACCCUCACCCUAAAACCCUGUCCUCUCUCAACCACCCAUCCCUCAUCAUCGGAACCCUAACCCUACCUUCCCACGACAACAACCCUUCAUCUUCAAAUUCCACUCCUCGUUGCUCUAAAACCAGCUGCUUCUCGUUUUCCGACGGUUCCUCGGUCGUCUGCUGCGAUAUUCUUGACCUAGACGUUCGAAUUAUAGGAAGAAAGAUACACGUUCUUGCUUGGAACUUCAUUCCAUUGAAAUGUGGCGGGGGUUUCUUGGAAAUCAUCACGUGGAGGCUUCCGGAAACUUCUGGUGUGAUUCCUCCGUGUUCGAAUGUGUUUCCUUUGGUUUCGGAUUCGGUGAUUGAUUGUGGAGACGGUGACAAGGCGAAAUAUCUGGUUCGUGGCGAGUUAGAGUCUGUCAGCCCUGUUUCGGUAGUUCCGUGUGUUAGUAAUUCUAGCGUUUCAAGAAAUGUUUGUGGGUUUCUUGUGCAAAUUUUGGUUUGUAAGUGUAAAUUGUGUUGUGUGAAGGACUCUAAAUUAAUGGCUAUGCAAGAUCAGAUUGAAGGGCAGGAUAGCCAUUGCUUUGCCAAACCUGUGAUUGUGUACUUUUGUGGGUCGGCUUCGUCCUGGCAUCCUGUGAUUAUAAAGCUGAUUGGUAGUGUUGUUUUGCUAUCUGGGUUGAAGAAGAAGUUGGUUUUUAUAGGAGAGGAAGAUUCUCAGUUGAUGUAUGUAACUUCCGAAAAAACUUUGUUGCAUCUCCCCAAGGUGAUUAAUAGACGGUUUCCAGCUAGUAAGACCGUAAUUAAGGGCAAGGGUGAAUGUGGCAUGUAUACCGGCACUGUUACGGGCAUUUACAUGCAGAGCAUGGUAGUUGAGUUGGACAGAGAAGUGAUGUUACUUACAGAUCGACUUAUCGCUCUGCCGCAUAGUCUCAGAGUUGGCGCUAUUGUAUCCAUGAGGAAUGUCCAUUUUGUGAAUCCAAAAUUUUGUUGGACAAAAGUACUUAUUCUUGGUGCUUGCUACAGAACUAGCAUUAUUGUGAAAUCUUUUUCCCCAUUUGAAACUGGGUGUUGUUUAAGUUCACAAUCUCAAAGCCUUUUGGGGAAGUUCAUUAACUCAUUAUCAUUUUCCGUAAAACUAUGGGUAUUACUUCUUGUCUCAAGUUUCAGGAAAAAGUUUGCUGGCAUUUUAAAUGAGAAGGAGAUCUUGGGAUCAAACAAUUCAAAAGGUGUUACCAGAAGGAAGGACUGGUUCAGUCAUAUGCUACUUCACAGUUACCUUCAUCUGUGUUUCGAUCUCGGCAUGGAGUAUUUAGAGAAUACUGUAAGCAUGACUCUUGCGGCUGUGCCAACGAACCAAACUACGGUCAACUUAAACUGGUGGUACCUAUCGCUCAUUUUGUCAGUCAUUGUGAAGCAACAUGGAUGAAAAUGCUGUGGGAACGGGAGACUGAUUCUGACUUGAUGAAUAACUCUGACAAAAAUUGCAAUCUAUCCUGUGAAGGAUUAUCUUAUAGUGGGUCAAUUAGGAGGAUUAUGCUCAGUGAAGACAUAGGUGUUGUUUUGCUUGGAUCG